UUUACUAACAGUUUACUCUCUUUAUUCUCAGGGACCGGAAAUACUGUUGCUAUCAUGAUUGGCAAUUCAAAGGGGAUGGAAAUUCUAGAGUUAGCUCGCCGAGGUAUUCCAAUGAUCAUGUCCAUAACUGUUGGUACCCGACAUGUGCAGGAGUGGAUGAGCUCUCAGUCAGUAGUAUUUGUAAUUAUUGCUUUCAUAACAAUGAUGAUCAUCUCCCUGGCGUGGCUCAUUUUUUAUUACAUCCAGAGAUUUCUAUAUGCAGGAUCACAGUUUUCAAGUCAGAACAAGAAAAACAAGAACAACAGGAGAGAAGCCAAGAAAGCUAUUAGUAAACUUCAGCUGCAUACUGUCAGGCAUGGAGAUAGGGAAGUAGAUUUGGAUAUUGAUGGCUGUGCUGUGUGUAUUGAAGUAUAUAGAUCCCGAGAUGUUGUGCGAAUUCUUCCUUGCAAGCAUGUAUUCCAUAGAAUAUGUAUUGAUCCGUGGCUUCUUGAGCAUCGAACCUGUCCAAUGUGUAAACUUGAUGUCAUUAAAGCACUUGGCUUUAUGGUAGAUACUCAUGAAAAUGUUGAAGUAGUUAUACCAGAAAUUGUGCCUGACAGUAUCCCAGUUGGUAAUUCAAGUGGUGCUUUACAAGAAGGAGCAGGAGCUGAAACAAGUACCUUCCCAAACUCCUCAACCUUUGAGUCACUACAGCAUGAUGACAGACUAAUGGAAGAGGAUGAAGCUGCAGCUUUAAUUGAAGCGAAUUUAGAAAUUCAGAGAAAUAGUGAUAGUUCGUCUUGUCCCAUUGGAUGUCCAGAUGCCAGAUGAAUAUUUUUGAUAAAAAUCAAUUUUUGAUUUAAAGCACAAGAGGGGCCAUUUGUGGAUUCUUCUGGAAAAACAAUCGUUCAAUGUGUGCAGCAAAAUAUGAAGUCAUGCAUUUUUAAUUCAUCUCAUCACAGUUCUAACUGAAUAAAAUAACUUUGGUUGAAAUUAAAAGUAACAGAUACUGCUUUCUAGAGGAUAUGUUGAUUUGAGAACACAUGGGACUCCCACUUAGUCACAGCAAAAUUCUUGUUCUUCCACUCUUUACAAAACGUACUUUGAACUUUAUGUUUACUGAAACUGGAAUUAGUAACUUUUAAUCAUUGUUUAGUUACAAGUGCAUUGAUUUUGGUUUCAUCUUAUUCUUUGUACUUUGCAGCCUAUCCAAUAUGUUUGCAAAUACCCUUAUUUUCAUUGAAAAAAUAGUUAAGGAUAAAUUCAGAUGUUUAGAGAGCUAGACUUACUUGUACUAGACCUAGUUGACCAGUAUUGUCAAUAAUUUUAAUGAAACUGGUAAUCUAUAAAUGUUACAUAGAAGCAGUAAUGUAUAGUUCUAGUUUGGUCCUCUAUCUUUUUAAUAGUGUUUUCAUGCUAAGUAGGUUUGUCUAUAAGUCAUCAUUCCUUUAAGGAUAUUGUGUAGUAACUUGAUUUUUGCAACUGUAUAGAUAAAUCUAUAAUAACAAAAUUAAUUCUCUAUUGAAGUGCAUUAAAAAUAUUGAAGAAUAAUAAAACUGUUGAACUUCUGAUUAUCACUGCUGUCGUAAAAUAUUCAUCAUAUAAUUAGAUCAGAAUAUGUUUUAGAGGCCCAGUUUGUGAUCUUGAAUUAUCCAAACUGCAGAAAUGUA